AUGGCCAUGGCGGCGGCGGGGGCCGUGGAGGUGCGGGGCGUGCCGCCCGAGGUGGCGGACGAGCUGCUGGUGCUCUACUUCGAGAACCGGCGGCGCUCGGGCGGGGGCCCGGUCCGCGGCUCCUAUAGGAAGCCCCCCCCAACUGCUGCUCGGCCCCCCAUCACGGGACAGCUGCUGACCCACAAGCGCCACUCUGCUUUGGGUCCUUUGAGGCAUCCGGGCGCUCUGCAGUUGGCCCGGGUCCCUGCCUCGUGGAGCCGCCCUUCUCCCCAGCCCCCCCUUCUCUGCCAGGCAGUUACGAACGAUGGCGCAGCGGGGGUGUCUGCCGCCCCCAUGGAGUUCCUGGCUUUGGCGGAGCGUGUGCAGGGCCGGCCCCUGGAGGAGGCCAGCCUGGCGCUCGACUGGGUGGAGCAGACGGACAGCCUACUGGUGGCCUCUUGCGGGGGCGUUAGCCUGAGCCCGGACCUGCUGGAGCUCUACUUCGAAAGCCGGCGGAGCAGUGGGGGUCCCGUGCGGGCUGUGAGACUGCUCCGAGGGGGUGCGGUGGCCGUUGUCUCCUUCCAUGAUCCUGCAGUGGUGGAGCAGGUGCUGCAGAGAGGCCACCAGCUCCAGGGCCACAACUUGGAUGUGUCCCCUCACUACGACUUUCUGGAGCCCCCUGAGGAGGACGAGGAGGAGGACGCCGCAGCCGCAGCCUCCCCAGAAGAUGGCGGGGUCCCUUCUCUCUGUGUGCCCCUCCCGGAAGCAGCCACGCGGUGCCUGCUGGAGUCGCCGCUCGUCCUGCAGGAGCUGGGAGCCCCCGUCCCCGAGUGCACGCUGCGCCUGGAGGGAGCGGGGCUGUGCAUCUCCGGGGGGGACGCAGACCGGCGGCGGCAGUUGCGGGAGGGCGUCGAGGAGGCCCUGCGGGGGGCCGUCCGGGAGCAGCUGCCCUUCUCGGCCUGGGUCCUGGGCUUCCUGCGGCGGGCGGAUGUCAGGGAGCGUCUGGCGGAGCUGCUGGCGGAGCAGGGCCUGGGGGCCUGCUGUGUCCCGGGCGAGGAGGAGCUGCUGGUGGUGGCGCUGCAGCCCUCCGUGGCCCGCCAGGCGACGUCCUUCCUGGGCUCGCUGCUGGCCCCCUUCUCCCUGCCCCUGUCGGAGAGGCAGCUCCUGGCCCUGGCCGUGCCGCGCUGGGCCCAGGUGCAGGCCGGGCUGCGGUGCUGCGUCACGCGCCUGGCGGAGAGCGGCGAGCACCUGGAGGGCCUGACGCUGCGCGGGCUGGAGGAGGAGAACGCGGCGUGCCUGGCGGCUUUCCUGCGCGACGGCGUGCCCGACGAGACCGUGGUGGCCGUAGAGGCGGCCCCCCUGCGCUACCUCCAGCUCUACUACCAGGAGAUCCUGGCCGGCAUGGCCAACGUCACCCUCCUGCCACUGGAGGGCGCCGACGUCACGGGCUUGCGGCUGAGUGGGGAGGCCGGGGCCUGCGGGGCAGCUGCCGAGUUGCUGCAGAGCCUGGCGGGGGCCGUCCACACCCAGACCGUGACCCUGCGGCUGCCGGGCAUCAGCCGCUUCCUACUGGACGGACGGGGCCAGGCCAUCGUGCAGGAGCUGGAGAGGCGCUUCCGCUGUGUCGUUGGGCUGGAGAGGGUCCGCUGGAGCCCCCCACUCUCGCAGCAUGAGCUGGAAAUGUCCCAGACGCCUCUGGCCCUGAGCUGCCGACGGGAUUCCGCCCACGAGGAAGAGCAGGCCCGAGCCCUGCACGGAGCCGCCGGCGAGCAGAGCAGAGCCAGCCUGGAAGAGAUCCAGGGCUUGCUGGUGGCUCUCCAGCCGGCCAGUGUCCCUGCUGCUGCUGCUGCUGCCCCUGCCGAAGGGGAGGCCUGGGCCCUGGGCGGCCACGAGGUGGAGGCGGAGGACCUUUACUCUGCGCCGGAGCCGGAAGCCGUGGCGGCGCCCUCUGCUGGCGAGGAGGAGGCGGCGGUGGUGGUGGCGGUGGACGAGAGCCUGGAGGAAGGGCCGCUGUGCCCCAUGGCUGACCCCAGCAUGGCGGAGGAGGAGGCCCAGCUGCUGCUGGCCAUACAGCAGUCGAUGGACAGUGCCGGGCAGGAGGAGGAGGAGCUGCGGCGGGCCAUGGAGGUCUCCCUCCGCUCCUACCAGCAGGAGAGGGCCGAGGCGGCCAGUCCUGACGCAGCCCUCGAGGCGGUGCUCAGCAUCUCUCUGGAGGAGGCCCAGCAGACGGCCGACGCGGCCCAGCUGGUCCUCUGCGCCGUGUCGGAGGGGGACGCGGCCUGCCUGUCUCAGGAGCUGGAGGCGGCUCUGCGGGCGCAGCUGCGGGAGGAGACGGUGCACAACGAAGGCCUCCGCUCGCUGCCCCCCCUCUGCCUCGGGUACCGGACCCACCUGGAGCGCAAGCACGCUGUGAACAUCUCGCUGGAGGGCGCCGUGGCCACGGUCCGUGGCUUUGCCGAUUACCCCGUGGCUGCCACCCGAGAUCUCGCGCUGCUGCUUACCCGGCUGCUGCGGGCGGAGGCGGCCCGGGGGCUGGGGGGCGUCUGCUGGGUCCACUGGCAUGCCUCGGGGCGUGGGUCUCCCACCCCGUAUUCCGCGGAGGCCAGCGCGCUCCUGGAGCAGGCCUGGUGCCGAGGGCACAAGCGGGUGGACGUCUUCUUUGACGGGCAACCGUUCACCAUUGACUUUGAGCGCAUGGAAGAAUACGACAUUGGCAAUGCCCGGACUCUGCCCAUCGGCCGUACCGAGCGUCCAGUGGCCCCCCCAGCUCCCCGCAGCCCCACAGCCCUGCCAGGCGACGAAGUGAAGCUGAUGCUGCUGCCCGAAAGCUCGGAGGAGUUCCAGGAGACGGUGCGGCGGUUCUACGGCACGCUGGAGGAUUUCCACAGCAAGAUCCGCAUAAUAAAGGUGCAGAAGCUCUACCACCCGCUGCUGUACCAGCAGUACAUGCUGAAGAGAGCUGCCAUGGAGAAGGCGUGUGGGCACCAGGAGGUGGAGCGGAUCCUCUACCACGGCACCACGGAGCCGUCCAGCCGCGAGAUCUGCCAGUUCGGCUUCAACCGCAGCUUCUGUGGCAAGAAUGCCACGCGCUACGGCCAGGGGGUCUACUUUGCCGUCCAGGCCUUCAUUUCGGUGCAGGAGCAAUACUCGCCCAGCAGCGCGGACGGCGACAAGUACAUCUUUGUGACACGGACUCUGGUCGGGGACUACACCACCGGCAGCCCACAGCUGCGGGCGCCGCCCCUGCGGGAAGGAGACGCUGCGUUGCGGCGCUAUGACAGUGUGGUGGACAACCUCCAGGCGCCCUCCAUCUUCGUCAUCUUCAACGACACGCAGGCCUACCCCCAGUACCUCAUCACCUGCCAGCGCUCCAAGCGACGCUGACGGGACCCCGCCGGGUGGAGCCGCUGGCUGGCGGAGGAGGAGGGCCCCCCUGCUCCCUCGCGCACCCUCGCGCUCCCUCUUUCUCAGGGCCCUUCUGAUCCAAAGUGUCCUUCUUGCGCGGUCCGGGGCAGGCUCACGAGGGCAGAAGGCCUUCUUUUGGCCCCUUGUUUUUGGACGUUUGAGGCUGGGCUCACGGUGGGGGUGGGGGGUGGUCUCAAGACCGGGAAACAAACCACCACCACCAACACGGAGGGAGGCAGGCCCGGCUCGUCUCGUCUGGCCCCCGCUGGCAGUCCUGUCCCUGUUUGACUGGGCAUUCACGUGGCGGGGGGGUGGCGGGGGCAAGAACCGGACCUUCCACUGCUCUCUUCACCUGCGUUCUGCACAGCUAGCCAAACGUCAUGCCCAGAUUCAACAGACUGUGUGUGGGUGUUGGGGUUUGGGUUUUUUUUUGACACAUUGCUGUCCUGCCACUAGCCCAGUAAAUGGUCUGAAUGCUUCAGCUUCUCACACCCAGUUGUAUUAUGGAGUCUACGUGGCUGGAUUUCUGGGAUCUGUGAGCCAGCGCUCCUCGUCUCUCUGUCUUUUCUCU